AUGGCCAAGCAUCACAUUGAUUCAGGUGCUGAUAUAUCAGUUUCUUGUCUUCCCGUAGAUAACAGUCGUGCCUCGGAUUUUGGGUUGGUGAAGAUUGAUGAAACAGGAAGGAUCAGGCAGUUUCUAGAGAAACCCAAGGGUGAAAGUUUGAGAUCUAUGCAAGUAGACACCACUAUUCUAGGACUAUCAGCUCAAGAAGCAAAGAAUACCCCAUACAUUGCAUCAAUGGGUGUAUAUCUGUUCAAGACAGAAGUUCUAUUGAAGCUUCUGAGGUGGCAUUAUCCAGAGGCCAAUGAUUUUGGGUCAGAAGUAAUUCCGAUGGCUGCAAAAGAUUUUAAUGUUCAGGCGUAUCUAUACAAUGGCUACUGGGAAGAUAUCGGGACUAUUAAAUCCUUCUUUGAUGCAAAUUUAUCCUUGACUGAUCAGCCUCCCAAGUUCCAAUUCUUUGAUCCAUCCAAACCAAUUUUCACAUCUCCUCGUUUUCUACCUCCAACAAAAAUAGAGAAAUGCCAGGUUAAAGAUUCUAUAGUUUCGCAUGGGUGCUUUUUGAGGGAGUGCAGUGUGGAACAUUCCAUUGUGGGGAUUCGUUCAAGACUGGAGUAUGGUGUGGAGCUAAAGGAUACCAUGAUGAUGGGUGCUGACUAUUACCAAACUGAGGUGGAAAUAGCAGCUCUUUUGGCACAAGGCAAAGUUCCAGUUGGCAUUGGAAGAGAUACCAAAAUUACGAAUUGUAUAAUUGACAAGAAUGCAAGAAUUGGAAAGAAUGUGAUAAUUGCAAACAAGGAUAAGGUGGAAGAGGCAGAGAGACCAUCUGAAGGAUUCUACAUUCGAUCUGGAAUUACAGUAGUAUUGAAAAAUUCAACAAUAAAAGAUGGGACGAUCAUUUAAGAUAAUUGAACAAAGAUAUGGCAAUGAGGAACAUCAGGGGUGCAUAGAUAUGUAUAUAUCACCACUUCAUUCUGUGGAGG